UAUCCACUAUAGCUAGUUAGGUACUUCUUAUGGGAGCCUUUCAUUGGCCCAAAACCACAAAAUCUUCCAACAACAGCAUCUAUGAAUGGGAAAUGAAAAAUCUCCUUACGAAAUUUCAUCUUCCAGAUGCCCAAGAAGACCAAAACCCAGAAACGAAAGGAAAAGAAAAAGAAAAUACCAAUGAUGAAGAUAAACAACUUGAAUUAGUAGAGGAAAAACUUAAAGAACAACAACAAGAACAUGAAAGAGCUAGGAGCGAAUGGGAUUUCAAGCUCUCCGCCGUCGUUUCCACAAGUUCCUCCGCCUUCGCCGCCGCAGCCAUAUCGGAUGCUCUCGGCGUCAUCGAAUUCGACCAGUCGGAGAAACUCAUAGCAACGGGAGGAAUCGCGAGGAAAAUAAGGAUUUACAGAUUGCAGUCCUUGUUAUCGAAUAAUGAAGGAGGUGAUGACGUGGCUCGUCUUGAGCAUGCCAAUGCAUGCGACUACUACAUGACCACUCCGGCCAAGCUUAGCAGCCUCAGAUGGAGACCCGGAUCCGACGGGCGGAUCUUGGGGUCCGGAGAUUACGACGGGGUCGUGAUGGAGUACGAUCUCGAAAGGCGGGUUCCGGUUUUCGAGCGCGACGAGCACGGUGGUCGUCGGGUUUGGAGCGUGGACUACUCGCAUUGGGGUCCGGUUGUGGCGGCUUCCGGGUCGGACGAUGGGACCAUGCAAAUGUGGGACCCACGCUGUGACGGUGGGAAAUCUAUGGCGGCGGUGCAGCCUAGUGGAGCUCGAAGUUCCGUUUGUUGCGUGGAGUUCAACCCAUUCGGUGGCCCUUUGGUAGCCGUAGGAUGCGCGGAUCGAAAAGCCUACGGCUACGACGUAAGGAGGUUAGUGGACCCGGUUUUAGUCCUAGACGGGCAUGACAAAACGGUGUCGUACGUGAGGUUCUUCGACGGGAGUAAAAUAGUGUCAGCCGGAACCGACGGGUGCUUAAAGCUUUGGAAUACGGACGAUUCGAGCGUGAUUCGCACGUACAAAGGGCACACGAACCGUCGGAGCUUCGUCGGACUAUCCGUUUGGAGGAAUGGCGGGUUGUUGGGUUGCGGGUCGGAAAACAACCAGGUGUUCGUGUAUGAUACAAGGUGGGGUCAGCCCAUUUGGGUGCAUGAAUUCGGAACAGUGGCCCGAGCCUGUUGCGAUGGUGGGUUCGUGAGCUGCUUGUGUUGGAGGCAAGUUGAAGUGGACCAGUGUACACUAGUGGCAGGUGGAUCGAAUGGGGUUUUGCAGGUUUUUGUGGGCAGAAGAAAAUCAUUUCAAUAAUUGCGAAAACACAAAGUUUAUUUUCUCAGCUCCCCAUUUUUAAGUUUUUUUUUUUCCCCUUCAAUACUACAUACUAAAAAUAUAAAAUAUUGGUCCGAGAAUUUUAGCACAGAGAGAGUAAAAGGAUGAAGAAGUUAAGAGGCCAAUUUUCCUGAGCUUCUGCAGAAAUUUACUGACAAUUUUUUAUAUUAUUGAUGCAGCUGCAGUUGGUAAUUCCAUGACCUAGGCUGUAAUGUCAUUGUUACUCAUCGGCCAAAUAUGUUUAAUUUCUAGAGGUUUUGGAAAUACUUUUCUUGUUUUUGACAAAUAAUACAGAUUGUAAUUCUAACUUUCCUCUUGGAUAAUAUAUAUAUA